AUACAAUAUAUAUAUAAAGCAUUGAGUGACAGAUUAAGUUACAAUUAUUAGCCAUGUCAUCGCUGUUAAGAAAACUAAUCGACGUUAAAAAAGUUCCGAAAUCUAGAGUGGAACUGCACCUCCAUUUCGAAGGUGGUGACGCCGAUAUACUCGAGAGAAUCGCAUAUGAAUUAUGUGAAGACGAGGCAAAAGAAGGGGUUCUGUACUUCGAGGUCCGGAUGUCACCCCAACUGUCCUCCAAUACAGUGGAGAACGUGUGGAGAGAAGAGGGAAACUUCAGCGAAGAUAUACCCACAGAAAAGUACACACAUCCCGCCAACCCCUGCACCCCUAAGCAAGUGAUCGAAAGUGUGUUAAAGGGUCUGAAGAGAGGGGAACAGGAGUUCGGAGUUUACUCUUCACUUAUACUCUCGUGUAUGACUCAAUUCCCCGAGUGGGAUAAAGAAGUGCUAGAAUUGGUGCAACAGUUUAGAGAUAAGGGUGUCGUUGGCAUCGAUAUAGCGGGUCCUGAGAACAGACACUCAACGGUAACGCAUUCGUUCAAUGAGGAUGUGAUCAAUACGUUCACGAAGGCAAAGGAGUUGGGUAUUCAUCGCACAGUCCACGCGGGAGAGGUGGGACCCGCUGUUAACGUGGAGUUCGCUGUGGAGCGCCUACACGCCGAGCGAAUAGGACACGGGUAUAAUGGUGUACUCGAUAGCAAUGUCUACCUGAAGUGUUUGGCUCAAAACAUCCACUUCGAGACGUGCCCGCACUCCAGCUAUUUUACGGGUGGUGUCGACCCAUCGGUCAGACACCCGAUCCUCAAACUGGCCGAAGAGGGCGCCAACUUCUCCAUCAAUAAAGACGAUCCGACGGUAUUUGACUGCACUCUUGACGCCGAAUACAGAUUCCUCACUAAAUUGGGAUUAAAUGAACUCCACUUCACUCGAGCCAAUAUAAAUGCUUUGAAAUCAUCGUUUUUACCACAACUACGAAAGGAUGAACUUCUGCAACAACUUUACGCUACGUAUGGAUUCAUUUGA